ACACGUACUUCUCAGUCUGUGGGAACGUCUCAUAAAAAAAGACAGAAACACAGACCGACCAGACAAGACAGACUGGGGGGGAAACGACAGACUGACAGACACUACCGGGAUUUUUUUUUUUUUUUGGAAAAUGGAGCGCGCAGAUGGGAUUGUAAAGCUGGACUGAGACGCAAGACCCAGACGUAGACGCAGAGCCGAGCCGAGCCGAGCUUGAGCCGUCCCUGUCCUGUCCUGUCCUGUCCUGUGAAGAACCAUGAAGCUACUGGAACACAUUCCACUGCCCCAGAUCCUCUUUCUGGCACAGAUCGCGUCCGUCGCUUCGCUUCAGAGAGCUCCCAGGAUCACCACACUUCUGGAGACAGUGGACGCACUGCUGGAUCAGAACGCCACGUUUAUCUGUGAGGUGGACUCCGACCCACCGGCCGAUGUCUCCUGGACGCGCAAUAAUGAGCCAAUCCGCUACUAUGAUUCCCGAUACAUCACCAAAGAAAAUGGCCAAAUGUUGAUCAUUCCCAAUGUGAAAGACUCUGACAAUGGAGAAUACUGUUGCAUCGCUAACAACUGGAUUGGACAACCAGCCAAGAGCUGUGGUGCUCUUCAACUGAAAAUGAAGCCCCAGAUUAAGAGACAUCCAAUGAACAUCACCAUGCUGGUCGACAGCAAAGCCGUGCUGCCCUGCGUUACCCUGGGAUACCCCAAACCAGACAUCACCUGGAUUAAGGAUGAAGACCUGGUCAAGCUGAGCGAUCGUGUGUCCAUUCUGGAUUACGGGGCCUUGAAGAUCCAUAACAUCAGAAAGGAGGACGCCGGCCAAUACCGCUGCGUGGCCAGAAACAGCUUUGGCAUCGCCUUCUCCAAACCCGUCACUAUAGAAGUGCAGGCCCCAGCCAGGAUCCUGCGGGUGCCCAAGGAGAAGCGAGUUCCCUUCGGGACGAAGGUCUCUCUGGAGUGCAACGCCACCGGCAACCCGACUCCCUCCCUGACCUGGCUGGAGAACGGCAACACUAUCUCGGAGGCGUCGGUGGAGGAGACGCUGGUGGGGGACGUGGUGCUGUCCGUGCUCCACGUGGAGGUGCAGAAGCCGGCCCUCUACACCUGCCUGGCCACCAACCACCACAGCGGCGGCGCCAACACCGUCAAGGCCACGGCCAGGGUCACCGUCUCGGAAUGGAGGCUGUAUAAGGGGCAGGCGGGCUACUGCAGCACAUACCGGGGUGACGUGUGUCGCUCGGAGGUGCGUCGGGACGCGCUGGUGUUCUUCAACUACUCGCUGCGGAACCCUGAGGAGGCGCAGGAGGUUCUGGCCCAGAGCGCCUGGGCCGAGCUGGACGCUGCCGGGUCCAUCUGCCGACCCGCCGCCCGCUCCCUGCUCUGCCACCACUACCUCCAGGACUGCAACCCAUCCGGCCUCGGGCCCACGCCCAAACCCAUCUGCAGGGAACACUGCCUGGCUGUGAAAGACCUGUAUUGCCACGGAGACUGGCCCUCCUUGAAGGAGAAGGCAUCCAAAGGAAUGCUCAGUCUGCCAGACUGUAUGUCCCUACCCAGCCACCGUAUGGACCCAGAAUCCUGCACAGCAGUACCGUUUGUGGGAUUGAAGAAGGACGAAGUAACAACCAAGUGCUACGAUGACAGAGGACGCUUUUACCAAGGCAACGUCAACGUGACCUCCUCCGGCAUUCCCUGCCAGAAAUGGAGCCUGCAGGACCCCCACAACCAUCGGCUCUCGGUGGACGUGAUCCCGGAGCUGUGGAAUGCGGAGAACUUCUGCCGGAACCCAGGAGGGGAGAGCGACAUGCCCUGGUGCUACACCACCAACGACCGGAUCCGCUGGGAAUACUGCGACAUUCCCAGAUGUGGAGAAGACAAUCCCAUAAUACCGGUCAAAGAGCCUGAGGUGUCGUACCCACAGACCGUCCCCUUCACCCCCAGCGUCGAGUCCCCCGCAUACGCCAUGAGCGUCAUCAUCUUCGUCAUCGCCGGAUUCGCUCUUGCGGCCUUCCUCACCAUCAUCAUCCUCAUGUGCCGAAGGCAUCAGAAAGCCUGGAAGAGCCGCAAGAGGGUGAUGGAGCCCCCUCCGCUGACCGCUCUGCCCUCGGAGCUGCUGCUGGACCGGCUGCACCCCAACCCCAUGUACCAGCGGCUGCCCCUGCUGCUCAACUCCAAGCUGCUGAGCCUCGAGUACCCGCGCAACAACAUCGAGUACGUGCGCGACAUCGGGGAGGGCGCCUUCGGCAGGGUCUUCCAGGCCAGGGCGCCGGGCCUGUUGUCCCUGGAGCCCUUCACCAUGGUGGCUGUGAAGAUGCUGAAGGAAGAGGCAUCGGCCGACAUGCAGAACGACUUCCAGAGGGAGGCCGCUCUGAUGGCCGAGUUUGACCACCCCAACAUCGUCCGCCUCCUCGGUGUGUGUGCGGUGGGGAAGCCCAUGUGUCUGAUGUUUGAGUACAUGGCCCACGGGGACCUGAACGAGUACCUGCGUCGCCGAGCGCCCGGUCAGAUCCACAGCCUGAGCCAGCCCAGCCUGGCCGCCCGCAGCCUCUCCUCGGAGCCGGACGCUAGCGCCAGCGACAUCGCCGCCGGACCCCUCAGCUGCCUGGACCAGCUGUCCAUCUCCAGGCAGGUGGCGGCCGGCAUGGCCUACCUGUCGGAGCGCAAGUUCGUCCACCGCGACCUGGCCACGCGCAACUGCCUGGUCGGCGAGGAGAUGGUGGUCAAGAUCGCCGACUUCGGCCUGUCGCGCAACAUCUACUCGGCCGACUACUACAAGGCCAACGAGAACGACGCCAUCCCCAUCCGCUGGAUGCCGCCCGAGUCCAUCUUCUACAACCGCUACACCAGCGAGUCGGACGUGUGGGCGUACGGCGUGGUGCUCUGGGAGAUCUUCUCGCACGGCAUGCAGCCGUACUACGGCAUGGCGCACGAGGAGGUCAUCUACUACGUGCGCGACGGCAACGUGCUGGCGCGGCCCGACGACUGCCCGGCGGAGCUGUACAACCUGAUGCGCCUGUGCUGGAGCACCCACCCCGCCGACCGGCCCAGCUUCCCCAGCAUCCACCGCAUCCUGGAGCGCAUGCACCACAACACCGCGCCCGCUCCCGCGCCCGCCCAGCCGCCGCCGCCGGAACCCCCAGAGCCGUGACGGAGCCGAG